GGGCCGGCCGCUGCUGGAAGGAGCGCUUGAGCUGGGAGAGGAGGCCGAGCUGGAGGGCGGCUUUCCCCGGCCCGGCGACGGGGGAGCCGCCGCGGAAGCGAAGGAGACCGGGACAGUGGGGCUGCCCGGGCGCUGCGCGCAUGCUGGGCCGGGGGCGCCGCCGGGGCUCGCGCCCUGGGCUGUUCCGCCGUCGCUGCCCCCGGCGCCCGGCAUGUCGGUGCACUACACUCUCAAUUUGCGCGUCUUCUGGCCCCUGGUGACCGGCCUGUGCACCGCCCUCGUGUGCCUCUACCAUGUCCUGCGGGGAAACGCGGGCGCCCGAACCGAGGCCUCCGACGGCGCGGAUGGCGGCUUCCCGCUGCUCAAGGUGGCGGUCCUCCUCCUCCUUGGCUACAUCCUCCUGCGCUGUCGCCACGCUGUCCGGCAGCGCUUUCUGCCCGGGCCUCCCCGCAUGGGGGGCCACUCUGCCUUCUCGGCUAAACACUUCCCCGAGCCCAGCCUAGACAUCUUGCUGGAGAGUUACUACGAGCACGAGGUGCGCCUGUCUCCGCACGUGCUGGGCCACAGCAAGGCACACGUGAGCCGCAUCGUAGGCGAGUUGGUGCGGGCUGGCCGUGCCCGAGGGUCCCCAGGCCCCAUCCCCGGGGGAGCGCUGGCCUUGGCCUUCCGCGGAGACUUCAUCCAGGUAGGGAGCGCCUACGAGCAGCAUAAAAUCCGCCGGCCCGACGGCUUCGACGUGCUCGUGCCGCUGCGCCUCCCUCCCCUGGUGGCCCUGGAGCCGCGGAGCCUGGGCGCAGAGCCCGAGCUGGCUCCAGCCUUCCACGGCUGCUUCGUGUGUGCACUCAAGGCGCCGCCAGGGGCUUCCGGCGGCCACUGGCUCCGGGACUGCAAACCCUUCUCCGACGGCUUCUGCGUGGAUGUCCGCGGGCGGCGCCUCCUUUCGGCCACACUGGUACUGCGCUGGUUCCAGGCGCACCUGCAGCGCUCCCUGGCCACCGUGCGCUACAGCCUGGAGGGGCGUUGUCGGGUCAGCCUGACCCCGGGCGGUCUGGAGCAGCCGCCCACCCUACACGUCUUGCCCUGCCGCACCGAUUACGGCUGCUGCCGCCUUUCCAUGGCCGUGCGACUCAUCCCUGCCGUCCAUUUGGGCGACAGCGUCUUCCUGGUGGCGCCACUACCGCCGCCCUCACCUGCCGGGCCCCUGUCGGAGCUCCCGGGAGGCCUGCGUGCCGAUGCCCUGUGGGGGGUGAACACAGCGCGCCAGGAGCAGAAGCUGCUGAGCUGGCUGCAGGAAAGGGCCCCUCCAGGAGCCUGCUACCUCAAGUGCCUGCAGUUGCUUAAAGCUCUGCGAGACCUUGGCGCCCGCGGGCUGGACCCGACGGCCGCCGCGCAGUGGGGACGCAUCCUCUCCUCGUACGUGCUCAAGUCGGCGCUGCUGGCGGUGCUGCAGCGCGAGGGGGCUCCGGCACCAGGCUGGGACGAGGCGCACCUGGGCGACCGCCUGGAGGAGCUAGUGCAGUUCCUCAGGGACUGCCUGCUGCGACGCCGGACGCUCUUCCACUGCGUCCUGGGCCCUGGAGGGGCGGCCACCGAGGUGGGCCCGCUACCCAAGGUACUGCGUGAAGCUGCCCCAGUUGACCUCCUGGCGGCUUUCGACCGGCAGGUUCGGGAACUCACAGCGGCGCGGUUGCUGUCCACGUGGCGAAGGCUGCCCCAGCUUCUCCGCGCCUAUGGCGGUCCCCGCUACCUUGUCAGGUGCCCGCCACCCCGGAGUCAGCGCACCCAAGGGUUCCCUGAAGAUGAACCAUAAACCCUGUUAGAACCCCCACCUGGCCCAGUGCUCCUGCAGCCCCACUCCACAGGUGGGGCGGGGAUGGCAGUGAAGCCUGUUUAAGGCAAGGAAGAUGACCUGCAGAAGGGGUUGGAAUAUUCAGAACGUGGCAUCUGGCAGCUUAAACAUCACCCCGGCUCCACUAUCCAGAUAAUCAUGGCAUCGUCACAGCCACCAGAGUGUCCUGGACGAGCUAUGGAAAGAGGGCAACUGAGAGUUGGUCCAAAUGUUGGUUUGUGUGGAAUGAUUUUGUAGAAGGAUUUAGCUUUUAGGGAGGUUCAGUAAAGCAAGAACUAGCUGCAGAAAAAUUCCCUCUGCCAGUUGUUUAGAUCUCUCUUGCCCCCCAGUUUAAAGAAGCUAAUGUGUUUUUUUUUGACAUAACUACUUGGUAGGUCCUGGUUUCCUGGCUGUCUUUUUAAAAAUCUGAACCUUUCUCUACAACUGGAACUGUAAUUCUAUUACAGGGGCUCAUGUUCUGAGGUACAGAGUUUCCAUUGUUCAGAUAAAUAUCAAGGUAUUUUUAAAGGGUCCCAUCAAGGGUGUUUGACAGGAUUGUGAAGAAUUAAGUCACAGGUGUUGAGCGGCAGUCAAGAGCUGGUUAAUGAAACUUUCAGAGCAAACAGCACUAUAUUGAUCAGUCCUUUCAUUUUGGGGUAAUUGCUAGUGCCACGUGUGGCAUCGAAAAGGGAGGCCAGUUAUAUUUGCUAUGAAGGGAGGUGCAGUCUUGAAGAGCAGGCUUGCUCAACACCGCUGCAGGCAGGCGCCGGGAUGAGCACUCGUCAGCCCCUGCUGUGAGCCAUGCUCAGGGCAGAGUGACAAUGCUUCAGACAGCACUGGUGAGGGCAGAAAACAUGUUGAGUCUCGAAAAAGAUGAAGCUCACUCUGCCUAGCAAGGUGGCUCGCCAGGGCUUGCUGCUGGCUAGGGAAAGAAACCUUUUUUGUUUGUUCGUUUUUGUUUUCAAGUCUUUUUAGCAAACUCCUUUUCUUUCUGAGCUUAAUGAGAUGGUGAAGAGGCAGUGCCUGCUCUCAACCAAUCUCAGUGAUCCUUUGUGGUUGGGAUGUUUUGCUCUGAUUGCCCAAGCAGCCUUUUAGCGGCCUGAAGGCCACCUUCGAGAAGCAGUUGAUUCAGCACAGGUCUUGCAGUGCAUUUCACUUAGAGUUCGGCAUCUCUGGGCUCUGUGCUUGAAGAUCAGUUAUUUCCCAGUCAGUCGACAGGAGGAAGACAGCAGGGGAGGGCAAGCUAGGGGGAGAUGGAGGGAGACAGCCCUUGUCAGCUGUAUGCUCUUUCUUUUCUUUGGGCAUAAACAUCACCAGGCUGAGUGUAUUUUGCAGCUCAUCCAUUCUGAAAUCCCUCUGUCCUCCCAAUUUUCUACUAGCUCUCAAUUGCAUCAGUCAACAUAAAACUCACUUGAAGUUUAGAAUGGGCCAUCAUCUGCUGAGUAGAAAAUAUAACCAGUCCCAGUGAUACACUUUAGGUUUUUUAACUUUUUUUUUUUUUUAACAGAGACUUUUAAAGGUAAAACUUGGAAAACAGAAGUAGUCACAUGAAUUGGGCCACUGUUUAAUUGCUGAGCUAUUUGGAGGGAACUUUUAAAACUUUUUAGGGGCCCUCCUUGGCCACUGUGGGAAAAUAGUUGUGAAUAGAUGACUUAUAGGGAAUCCUUCUCAUCAGAACUGCAGAGAUUUCUUAGUCCUUUGCAACCUUGGACUGCAAGAGAAACAGUUGCAAUGUGCUGUCUCUUUGGGGUUGCGCUGGGGACAUUUCCCCUCGAUACCACAAAGUCAUUCCUAGUUUUUGAGGUCAGUGUUAGGUCGUAAGGUACUGCAUUUAGCAAAGGAAUCAGUCUACCAACUUCCUGCAAAGAUAUAAACUGCACAGUUUUUUUUUUUUAAUUACUUUUUAAAUAAAUUUCAAGAGUAAGUAGAUCUUUAUAUAAAUAUAUAUUUAUAAUGUUUCCAUACUCAGCUACAAUUUCCUCUGUAGUUGGAAUAGGGGAAAGCGAGGCUAUUGGGAGGGGGGAUUGUAAAGCUUUAAAAGCUGAAUUUUCCAAAUAUUUCUAGUUAAGUUGAUAGGUUCCUUUUUUGAAUAGCAUUUUGAUGUUUGAAUCUAGUAACAUACUUACUGUUCUUGUAGUUUCUUUUUUUUUUUUUUUUUCAGGUUAAUUACCCAAAGCCUCAUCCAUCCUCAAGAGUUUUAAAUUUUAUUUUUUUUAAUUAAUGGGGCAUUGUGUUUGUGAAUUUUUAAACUAUUAAUGUUUUAUUUAAAUGCCAUGCUUGAGCAAUUGUUCUCUGUACAUGGUAACCAAAAACUUGGAGAUUUCGAUCAAUUUUGAUCAAUGUUUAGUAAUCCAAAACAUGUACUGUGUACAAAUGAAAUAAUAUGGCAUAUUAGCCAGGUUCGUGAUGGUUGCCCAUGGCACUUAAAUUAAGCUCAAUUCUGUAUUUUAUUAGGGCUCCAUCAUGUCCUUGAUCUGAAAUAUAUACAUUUUUGGUGUAUGCUUGGUACUGGAGAUUCAUAUAUGCAAAUAUUCUCAUUCCAGAAGGCUCAAAAUUGUUCAUGCUCUAAGAAAAAAGAUUAACUGUCCAGCCAGUGUCUGAAGAAAAUGUUUUGGGGAGAUGAUUCAGCCUUUUUGCCGUAAGACACACUUCGGUAACUCCCACUGACCAGUCUUGGGAGCCAUGUCGAAAUGCUUGUGGGCUGAGACGGAGAUUUUUUUUUUUUUUUUUCAAAAUGAAACUGAAGCUGAAAGAAGGGAAAAUAUGAGCGAACGAAGAGAAAUCUGAAGAUUUCAGGAAGGAGGACUUAAGAUGGAUGUGAAAGGAAGAGCUGGGCAGAAGAUUUCACUCCAUGGGGUGAAAUCACAUGAGGGUGUGAGAGAGGUUUGGGUUAGGAAACUCGUUGUUUAGAUAUGUGCUAUUUCAAAGCAGGGGUCGCAAACUCAGCAGCCUGCAGAAGCAAGACAGGGAGGUAAAUAGGGGAGGGGUGGGUGGUGGGGGGUACUCUGCCCAUCUUCAGGGUGCACAUUGCUCAGUUCUAUGCAGGAAAGAGGGUAGAGUAGGGCUGGAAAAAAAAAAGGAUUGUUUCUGAAAAAGGAAGCUUUCUGAUUUUUAAACAACAUAAAAAAAAAAAAAAUCCAAAACACAUGUGGGCCAAAAAUACAUUUGGAUGAGCCUGGGGGCUAUCAGUUUGCGACCCUUGCCUUACACAGUUAACCCCUCAAGUAUGAAUAAGGUUAUAUUUAUUGUUAUGGGUAUGAUGUAAUAUGUGGUUGGGGGUGAUAUUUCAAGUCUACUUUCUCUCUCAGAACUAAGCUUUAUUGUAGAAACAAAUCCCCCAAAUUAAUACGGCCACAGGUAACACUUAACUUUCAAUUCCCAGGAGGAUUCUCCAUCCUAGAACCGAAGAGACUCGACGUCAGGCCCCUGGGGGCCAGCUCUUAGCAUUUCCUUUGUGGUGAGUUGGGCCUGAAUUCCUUGGCUCUGUCAGAGGCUGCAGAUGAGUAAUCAGGAAGGAUUGUAGAAUAACUUGUUUCUUCUUUAUUUGUGUGUUAUUCUUAUUUUUAAUUUAGGUUUUGUUUUUUAGUAGUUUCCUAGCCUUUGGGAUGAUAGUUGGUGGCCGUGAACACCAGAGAAAAAUGCCGGGGCCUCCCUGCCAAGCUUCUCAGGCUUGUUACCAGCCCCACUGUUAAGAGCACUGUUCUGAUCAGAUGUUUCUCUUUCUGACUCAAUGGCUCCCACCAAAACUGACAUCCUAGCUGGAAGAAUUAAACUAAUAGCCUUCCAAAGUGUUUCCUUUAGCCUCAAGAAGUAAGUCACUUUUUCUAUAAAAUGUGGUUUUUGAUCUUGAUGAUGAUUUAAUUUAUCAUAUACACAGGGAGGAAGAUUAUUAUUAUCCCUCCCCAGUGGUGAAAAAAAUAAACCUCAUGGACAUUUCCAUUAUCCCUUGGGAGGAAAAAAAGUUCAGCGUUAUCAUUGUGGCAUUUGUUAAUUUUUUUUUAAUUGCUUGUCUGUUUCUUAGACACUACUGUUUAUUUUUUUUAUACUUUCAUAGCACAUGAUUUUGUGGGAAUAGAGCAAGUAUAAGUUGGGAGAGGAUGAAGAUACAUGUGAUCAUCUGUACAGAGAAUGGACUAAAACGUGCAGCUAAAAUACAUGUAAUCUCAUUUUUUAAGUAUCAGAUAUUCAGGAAUAUUGUGAGCACCGUUUACUUUUAUUUUUAAAGUGCCUUGAUUCAGUCACUUGACUUUAAAACAUUCCUAUUAUUUUACUGUUAUUUUUAGUGUGGAUUUUGACCCUAAACUGUGUAUUAUGAUGCUGUCUAUCGGCUGCGGUCACAGCAAAUGUUUUGUUCCAAUAACAGAGACCAAAGAGGUGAUCAAAUAUGGUUCCGCUGCUACAGUUGUGUGAUUAAAAGGUGCUUUAGUCACACCAAAUUCCCAUGGUCCAAACUGUCGAGGCCAGCCAUUUGUUUUCUGUUUCAGGUUGAAGUAAAUUUGCACUUUUAAUCAUAUGGGUCACUGGGGACCUUGUUCUUUCAUACUUUGCUUUAUUAAUAAAGGAACUUAUAGAAA